AACUAAUAAAGCAAAAGAACUAGAGCGGCAGUUUCCGUCUUCACUCUGUGGUAUGUGAUACUUCACCUUAAAUUUGUCAGUCAUGGACAUACGACCAAAUCACACUGUCUACAUCAACAAUGUCAAUGACAAAAUCAAGAAAGAAGAGUUGAAACGAUCGCUGUACUCGUUAUUCUCCCAGUUCGGCCAGAUUCUGGACAUUGUUGCUCUGAAGACGGCAAAGAUGAGGGGCCAGGCGUUUGUUAUCUUCAAAGAGCUUGCUGCAGCCACAAAUGCCCUCAGACAGCUUCAGGGUUUCCCUUUCUACAAUAAGCCCAUGCGAAUCCAGUAUGCAAAAACCGACUCCGACGUCAUCAUGAAGAUGAGAGGCACGUAUGGAGAUAAAGAAAAGAAGAAAGAUAAGAAGAAGAAAGCUCAGGAACAGGUGGCAAAUGUCAACAAGAAACCAGUGGGGGCUGUAAGCACACAGCCACCUGCUCCUGCCACAGAUCUGGUCCCUGACAACCCACCAAAUUAUAUUCUGUUCCUGAAUAAUCUUCCAGAAGAGACCAAUGAGAUGAUGCUCUCUAUGUUGUUCAAUCAGUUUCCAGGCUUUAAAGAGGUUCGUCUGGUCCCUGGAAAACACGACAUUGCGUUUGUUGAGUUUGAGAGUGAAGCUCAAGCCGGAGUCGCCAAAGACGCACUACAGGGUUUCAGAAUUACGGCUACGUGUGCCAUGAAGAUCACAUAUGCCAAAAAGUGACCUCGCCCACUGCCAUGCCCACAGUGGAAACCGGAACUGUAAUGACUGUAAAUGUGGCUCUAAUCGGUGGAUUCUCGGUUCUAAUAUGCGUUUGCUCUUUCAUUUAAUCUCAUUUUUUAAAGAUUUCUGCUCAACGGCUGUGUAGUAUUUUCAGUUGUGUUCUUAGUUUUUUCGUUUGUUUGUUUUGUAUGAAAAUAAUUUGGCCACUGAGGAUAUUAUAAAUUUCAGGUCAGAUGUUUAUUUUGUACUGUAGACUAUUAAAAGUAGCUUCUACAAUACAUGUUGGCCGGCCUACAUUUUUCUUCAUAUAUUCUCCGAGAUGAUGCGAGUUGUCACUGUGUAGCUAAAAACGUACUUUAUUGCUCCUUAGUCAUUAUAACUAAGAGCUGUUUGUAAUUGCACAUUCAAUUAAUGUCUCUCUGACAAUUUGUUCCUGUGGUGCAUCGUUUGUGCAGUUGCUAUCGGUCAGGCAUGAGCACCCUGUACUCACAGACUAUGAUUGGAAUAGUUGAUUUGGCACAGAAUGGCGAGACAUUCAUAUGCGUCAGCACUCGCACACUAAAUAUUCUGUAGAUACAAGUUGAUAGAUACAUGCUCCUGUUAUUGAUGUAGUACUGCAUAUAGUUAUAAGGCUUGUUUAUUUAAAAAUCUGCCAAUCUAUGGGUACAUGACAGAAUGUGCU